GUUUAUAUUCAUUUUAUAAUUAAAUUAAUACCAAUUAUUAAAAAGUUACUGAACACUUGGCGAGGUAUUAUUUAAAGUGCGCUUAUCAGGUGAUUAAUUACCUUAUUAUUUGAUACUAGCAAGCUGUUGUAAUCCAAUAUUAUAAGACUAGUCGAGGUUUGGGUUAGAAAAAAUAUUAUUGUCACAGCUGAUAAAAGCAACUAAGAUUGGAACGGGAUCCGGUUGACUUGAAGGUUUGGCUUUACACCUAUAGAUGUCUCGAGUGGUAUAGAGAUGGAACUGGAAAUGUUAUUGGAACAUCUCAUUGAACAACCGGAAAUUGAAUUUAAAAGUCAACAACGAGAUGAAGAAGAGUUAAGCUAUGAAGAAAAGCGUGGAUUAGCUCUAGAUAUAUUGAAUGCAAACAAAUACGUAUUUUUGAAUAGAUUCGGGAAGUUCUUGAAGGUCGAACAUCUGAAAUACUUUGAACAGUUUGUUGAUGAGACUGACCUCGGGAAGGAACUUAAAUUGCUUCUCGAUAAUAUUGUAAAUACAAUCAAAAAGAAUAUGAGGAUUAAACGGAAUAGACGAUUCGAAGCUUUGAAGCUUUUGAUCAAGGGUGAAAUGUAUUUCUCGGAUUCAGAAAUGAUGAAGCGGAAUCCUUUGCUUUACGAUCAACUGAUUGGAAAGUAUUUGACUGAUGAGGAAAUUAGGAAUAGGGACAGAGCAAGCGGACAAUCGACUUUGGUGGGAAUUUUAAUGGAAGGCAUCGAAAGAGAUAACGCGCGUGACAUGAAACAGCUGCAAGCUGAAGCCGAGGAUGAUGCGAUGGAGGAAGAAGACAGUUCCGAUGACGAAGAAGUCAUCGCAGCUAAAGCCACCUCUUCUAAAUGGGGAGUAUGCAGAGACAUGGCUGAUAAGAGAAUUAACAAGAACGAGUUUUACCGAAAACAAAAUAACUGCUCCAUUACCGCUAACGAGAGAAAUUUACUCAGGGAAGAGUUUAUUACAUUCAUGCAUCAAAGUUUUCUGGAUGGUCUGGACGACUUUAAUUAUGCAGCGGUGGACGAUAACGAUCAAUAUGAUAAUAUUGAUAUCGUCACUCAUGAUGCUGAAGAUAAAUAUUUCGAUUCGGAGGAACCCGAUGAACUUAAUAUGGAAAUCGAAGAUAACAAUGGAAAAGGGCAAACUUCAUCAGAGGACGAGUUGGAUACUUACAUGAAUGCCUUAAAGAAUCAUCCUGCAAUUAACGUGUUAUCACAACAACUACAAAAAUUAUAAAAAAAAAUAUUUGUUCGUACAAAUAAAAUUAUUCAUUAUUAAGUAUUUCGUUUAUAGCUUAGUAUAGUUUAAGUGUAAGUGAAUCAAAAUUUAAUUAGGUCGAUGACACUAAAUAAUAAAUC